AGACGGAGAGGAGGGGCGGGGUCGAGGGUUUGCUGCGCACUGGGUCUCUACCUCAGCCGGGACAACAACAGCCGCCGAAGCGAAGCGAGUCGGUGACAGAAGCCUCGGAGGGUCGUUGCUGCUGCAGCCGCCGUCCCCAUUCCCGUCGGCGCCAUGCCGCUCUUCUCCGCCAAUCCCUUCGACCAGGAUGUCGAAAAGGCUACAAAUGAGUACAACACUUCCGAAGACUGGGGUCUUAUUAUGGAUAUAUGUGACAAAGUUGGUAGCACUCCAAAUGGAGCAAAAGACUGCCUUAAAGCCAUUUUGAAGAGAGUCAAUCACAAAAUACCCCAUGUUGCUCUACAGGCACUGACCUUACUAGGAGCCUGUGUUUCAAACUGUGGAAAGAUUUUCCACUUAGAAAUCUGUUCACGCGAUUUUGCCAGCGAAGCACGUGUAAUAAUAAACAAGGCUCAUCCUAAAGUAUGUGAAAAAUUAAAAGCUUUAUUAGUAGAAUGGUCAGAUGAAUUUCAGAAAGAUCCACAGUUUAGUCUGAUAUCAGCAACUGUUAAAUCCCUUAAGGAAGAAGGAAUUACCUUUCCGACAAAUGUAUCACAGCAGGGUAUCUCAACUGCUGCCAAGAAUGGUGUCUCAUCAGACAAGAACAAAGAGGAUGAAGAUAUUGCUAAAGCAAUUGAAUUAUCUUUGCAAGAACAAAAGCAGCAACCAAUGGAAACAAAAUCUUUAUACCCACCUGUAGAAGUUCAGCAGAACAAUCAGAAAAUCUCAAGGAAGGUGCGAGCUUUGUAUGACUUCGAAGCCGUCGAGGACAACGAACUCACCUUUAAGACUGGCGACAUUAUUAUGGUUUUGGAUGACAGUGAUGCCAACUGGUGGAAAGGAGAAAAUCAAAGAGGAAUAGGAUUGUUCCCGUCUAAUUUUGUGACCUCUAACUUAAAUGAUGAGCUUGAGUCAGCAGCAGCAGUGGAUAAACCCUCUUCUCCUGAAAAUACUACAGAGGAAAUUGCAAAAGCUGAGCCUGAACCAGUUUGUAUAGAUGAGGGUAAAAUGGAUAAGGCGUUACAGAUACUUCAGAGUAUAGAUCCAACAGAUCCUAAGCCUGAUUCUUCUGAUCUUCUGGAUUUAGAAGAUGUCUGUCAACAGAUGGGUCCUAUGAUAGAUGAAAAACUGGAAGAAAUUGAUAGGAAGCAUUCAGAGCUGUCAGAACUAAAUGUUAAAGUGAUGGAAGCCCUGGAAAUGUACAACAAACUAAUGAAUGAAGCUCCUUUGUAUUCCACGUACUCAAAGAUGCAUUCGUCCACACAUUACCCACCAACAACAGCUGGUGUUCCAGUUCAGCCAUAUCCCCUCCAUGUUCACAGUGGGAGCUAUUUGGUUCAAGGUGUUCCUCAAGGAUACAACCCUGGAAGUGAUCAGAUUGGACUGCUGAGGUCCUUGCCUCCAACUAUCAAUUCAUCAGUAGCAUCUCAGCCUGCUCAGGCAGCUUAUCUAAGCACUGGUGUAGAGUCUGUGUCCAGCCCUGCUUAUGUGAACCAGAAUUCUUGCCUUCCACUGCCUAGAACAGUCCCUUAUACCCAACCAAUGAGCCUGCCUAUGGAUAUGCUAGCCUAUCAGAACACUCCUUCCAGUUUGCCUCAAGGAACAUGCUAUCCAGCAGUUCCGGUUCAUUCACUUCCACAGCAGCAAACGAAUUACCAGCAGCCGCUUCUGUGAAAAUGCAGAGUCUAUUCCCGAAAACAGUUUCUGAGGUUGCUGACCGCUGUCAUUUAAAUUGCCCUUCAUUGAUCUAAAAGGUUAUUUCUGCUCAAGGGGAAAGAUAACCAAGCAAUUUCAAAGGAAAACUUAGUUCAAGUUUUAACUGUUUUUUUCCUGCAUAGCUGUUUAGACAAGGUGGGAUGAUAAUGUAUUUUUUUUUCUUUUCAAAGAUGGCCUUUAAACCUUGGCUUGUGUAGCCUUCUGUCUCUCCUUCUCCCUGUUUACAAUGAAACCUCCAUAAAAGUAACUUUUCCUUUCAUAAGAGGGGAUAGUGCAAGGCAAGUUUAUAUAUGCAGUCUUCCUCUUCGUUCUUUCCAGACAUUAUUAAUGCUGCUGUUUUUAUAGAACCUUUAAAUUUGGAGUGCUGUCCCGAAACUCAAUUUAUUUAGGUAAUUUGCUUUCCCCAGUUUGCACCCUCUGCUAGAUCAUCUUAACAGAUUGCUUUUUUAUGAUUGUACAAUAAAGCCGUUGUGAACUCGGGGGAAGGAAAUCUUGACUGACAGAGGAAGUUAAUAGCCUUUCUGGCUUUUGCCAUCUUGGAUUGCUCGUUUUUCAUUGGCACUGGCUCUGUUUAUUCCGUGAAGCUGUCUUUAUCCCCAGUGCAAGGGAAGAAAGGGUCUUGCUUCCCCUGCCUCUUUAAUUUUCUAAGGACAGGCUGCCCUAUUGAAACAACCUUCUUCACUUCUCUCUCUCAGCUUUCCUUUCACUUUACCACACUGAAAGAGCAGUUCUUGUUGCAGAGAUAUGCCUGUAUCAUGGGUUAAUAAUAGCAGAGGCCCACAAUCAGAAGUCCUUUUGGCCUCAAGUAUCAAAUAAAUGCUGAGCAGAAUAGGAAUUUAGACGUUUACCCCAGUAGUGUGAACAGCUGGACUGAACUUACAGAAAAGGGAAAGAGCCUCUGUUCUUUUAUCUUUGGGCUUCUCUCCUUGCUGUCCGUUUGCUUAUUGAGUUUUGUAACACUGAGUUCACACACACGUUUAACACUUACAUGUAGCUGAUCUGUACUCUGGAUGGGGUGACCAGUGGGAAGCAAAGAAUAAUGACUAAAUGUGUGAAAAUCUAAAGGUGUUUAUAUGCUGUGUAUAUGCUGAUUCCCGCAGUGUAUGUUGUCUGCCCUAUGAACGUGUGCUAACUUUGCAGUGAGGUAAAAUGUGUGUUCAAAUCGAAACUGGCUGUUCAAUGGCUUUGUGACUUCCUAUACUGGUGCUAACUAAGACUGUUCAGAAGCAUGGGCACAGUCAGAUGAAGCUUCAUAUUGGACCAACAUACGUCUGUGUCUUGUUUAAAAAGUUUUGUGAAAAUCAGUCUGUGGGCUUUCUGUGUGCAAUCGAGAAAAAAAAGACACAGAAGACUUUCUUUCCUUUUUCUGUCCAGCGAUGAUCUAGAAUGGCUGAAUGAAACAGAUAUACACAUAAUUUCUUUAUUUAAGACUGAGGAUUCAUUUUUAAAGCGUGCUCUUUAGAAAAUUUAUUUAGAGCACAGUUUGUCUGUUUCCUGUCACCGUGAACAUUUUAUAAGCAAAUUGAAGACUUUGGGGAAAGUGUCUAGAGCUAAUCAAGAGUUUUUAUUGAUCAGAAUCUUUGAUACUACAUUAAGUGGUGCCCAAUAUCUGACUGAUGUUGAGUUGAAACAACUUUUUUCCAUCAUAAUCUUUAUAUAUAUAUAUAUAAUACAUAUAUAAAUAGUGUGUGUGUAUAUAUAUUCACUUAUCUGAAACUUUAUAUACAAUUACAUAUGUAUAUUCAUUCUCUAAAAAUCACUGAAAUUUUAUAUGUGUCUGCAUUUGGCAUUAUUGCUAGUUGCUGUAAUCUUACAAUGCACUUCUGCAGGUUGUAAAUAUGUACAAAUUUUGAUGUUGAGACUGUAUUUAGUGUUUUGGUGUUGAUGGGAUCAUCUCUGUCCCUCUUCCCUUUUCUAAACUACAUCAUUAUUUAUUGCUAAGGUGUGAUCAUAGUUAUGCUGCCAAAGGAACUCACGAAAGUUUUCCAUAGUUGGGGCCCUGACUCCAUUGGCAUCAGUGAGAAUUAAGUCAUUGAUUUGAAUGGAGUUGAGAAUGUGCUACAGGCUUACACCUAUUUUUAUAUUUUAAAAAAGAAGCAGUAAAUUUUUCAUAUAAAUUAACUGUUUGAAUAGAAAUGUCUGGCAGUUUGUAAUAGUAGUGUAUUGCAGUAUGUUUCAUGGCUGUCUAAAGCAGGGCAUGCUUUUUGUUUGCAGUUCAUUUGCCACCUUAAAUUGUACAAAAAUUAAUCCCUUCUUACCACUCAAAUGUUGCCCAUGAGAAUGUUCAAUCUCUAAUAUAUCCCUGAAUCAGAUAUUUUGGGAGCAAGCCCUUUUAUAAACGCGCCCUGUGUGUUUUUGUGUGUUGACUGACUUUUGGUUCGCCUGCUGUUCAUGUUUUGUUGUCUUCUGCAGUUGCCUAACAAAAGGCUGCGAAUUAAGGGGUGGCCGUGUCAUGUUAGUUCUGAGGUUUUUCUGCUGAAUACUUUCCUGUCCUUAUCUGCAUCAUUCAAUUCUCAUGGAAAACGUGUCACAGUUCAAAGCCUAGGCAGAUUUUGUUACAAUAAAUGUAGUGUGUAAAAGACUUUUCCCCUGGAAUAGUUUUCAUUCCUGUUUGGGGCAAAUGUGCAUGAAAACUGGAUUAAGUUAUUUUUUUUUCUUUUGAGCUAAUUGGUGGAAGGAAAGACGAAUAUUGCAGAGUUUUGGAAUGCCUUCUAAGGACUUUCUCUGUGCUAUAGAAGUUUGUUGGAAGUUCAAACUACAAAGUACGUUCUUUUCUACAACAAACUGGCUAAGCUGUUUUUACACAAGCUGCUAUCAUCCGGCAACGUCGACUAUUAAAAGUUUGGGAUUUGAUCAUACAAAAAUUUACCUGGCCCUUGCCUACCUGUUUGCGCAGACUUGUGCGAAUAAAACUUACUUAUUUGACAAA